CCGCGUUGCGCCACCCAAUAACAACAAGUUUGCGGCGAGCGAGGCGAGAAACUACAGCACCGGGUCCGUGUGUCAUCACCACCUCUGGAGCUGUUGGAGAAUGUCUCAAACAAGUCCAGCAAGGUGGAUGCUUAAUGAAACAGAGGACUGGGCGUAGUUCCUUCAAGCCACCUCCUUGUCAUGGCAACCCUACUGCUCAACCCCUCCACCCACCACUAUCGGGGCCUGGAUGAACAUCCACGAAUACCUGAUUUAUGAAGGUCCUCUCCACGCAGAGCCAAUGAUGAGAUGGAGAAGGAGCUGUGUUAUGAGGAGCCCAUAGUGGAACCUGUGGACCCCAAGGACCCCGAGGUAGAGGAUCCCAGUUCUGGGCCUGUUGGCGAGGGCAGGCCAACAGAGGUGGCUGAGCUGGCCCCUGGACUUGAGCAGGAAGGCAAGGCGCAAGACGGGGAAGAGGAAGACAAAACAGAGAGCCGAGAUGGAGAGAGGGAAGGUGCCGAAAUGAAAAACCCCUCCAAAGAAAGUGGAGAAAGACGUUGUGAGCAUGUGAGGAAACUUAAAAAAACAAACAGUUGGAAGACUGUCCGAUUUCUGGACCCAUCUGAAACAGAGGCUGUGGCCGAGAGAGACAGCCUGGUGGAGAGCCUAUUCCCAGAAUACGAGACCGCAGAGUGGACUUCCUCUACGUUUGAAGACUUGUUUAUGGCAGAAGGCUGGGAGGACAUUACAGAUGACCGACUACUAAGGAAGAAGGUGCUGGCGCCCGGCCCCCCUGAUGCCCUCUGCCCUAACUGGGGUCAGGAGGUUAUUGUCAGAAUGCAGGGUGUCCUGGCGGACCGGACGGUGGUGGAGAAGGAUUGCAAGCUAGUUUUCGUCAUAGGAGAGGGAGACGUAAACCAGGCCCUGGAAGAAUGUGCCAUAUCCAUGCAGAAAAAUGAGAUCACGUUACUGCUGGCAGAUUCACAAUAUGCCUAUGGACUUCUGGGAAGGGAGCCUGACGUUCCGGCCUGGGCGCCGCUGCUCUACCAACUGCAGCUCCAGGACAUCAGGGAGAAAGCCGACCCUCUGACCCUGCCCGUACCGGACCGCAUCCGCAUCGGCAACCAGAAGAGGGAGCGAGGGAACUUCCAUUUCCAGAGGGAAGAAUACGGCAUGGCCGUGAGGGCCUACUGUAUGGCCCUGGAGGUGCUGACCACACGCACCACAGACGACGAGAGCGACGGGGUGGUGGACGAGGAGGCGGAGAUCCGGGACUACCGGGUGAAGUGUCUGAACAACCUGGCCGCCGCUCAGCUGAAGCUGGAGCGCUACGACGAGGCUCUCCGAACCAGCAGCGCCGCUCUGUCCCUCGAGCCGAACAACGUCAAGGCCCUGUUCAGGGCAGGGAAGCUCCUCUCAGACAAGGGCGAGUAUAAAGAGGCAAUGGAGAUACUAAAAAAGGCCUUGAAACUGGAGCCUGCCACCAAGGCCAUCCACGUUGAGUUAUCCAAGCUCGUCAAAAGGCAGUCGGGAGGUGAGGAAGUCUACAAGUGGAACGCUAAACUAGCCGAGGUGCUUGGAGAUAACCUUACACCUUUUCUAAUUCCCACCAAAAAGGACUCAUCCGGUAUUUCUUGGAAGUUCCUGCUAGGAGCUCUGGUGGUGGCCUUGGGCAGUCUAGUGACGUCAGUGAUCCUGACGGCAAGAAACUGACGUCAUCGUAUCCUUUCCAGUCAGGGUCGAGAAUCCAGUCAGAGGA